AUGCGCCUUUUCUGGAAGGGGACGCGUCCGCCGCUAACGCGAUGGCGACACUCACCUUCGCCAGCGCCCGUCAUGUCCUCCUAGGUACUCUGCAUUGCUCCGUCACGCAGCGUACUCUCUCUGUAUGGUCUAAUGCGGUCCUGAGGGGUGUUCACCCAAAUGCACAUCUCAAACUUGGCAGAAGUAACCCGCUACGUGCAGUCCCGACUGCAGUUCCUGCUCGUCUGUUCAGCACCCCAUCUAAGAUCCUGAGAUUUGUACGGACGGAUGUAUGGAAAGCCACACAUAGGAGUGGAGGAUAUGGGAGUGCGCCUCCUCCUAGGAGACCUACAGAGUCAUCGAUACGCCGCGCGAUCGACUCCCUGCCUUCAGGCAUAUUUCUCUGGGGUAUCUUGGGCCUGAACGGUGCCAUAUUAUUGUUAUGGGGCUACGCAAGUGGGAUCGCUCAACAGAACCGUGACUUCACUUGGCUAAAGUGGAUGCACGAGAACUUCCUCGUCAGUAUGCGCAACGUUCGGGAGGGUCGAUGGUGGACCCUUCUCACUUGCUGUUUCUCUCACCAAGAGAUGAUGCAUUUCUUAGUCAAUGCCUUCACCUACGGAUUCAUGGCACCUGGCGUCAUUGCCAUUCUCGGGAAUGCCUCGUUCUUAACUUUAUAUCUCGGGGGUGGGAUAUUGUCAAGCGGGUUGAGCUUGCUAUGGAGUGAGCAAGUCAAAAAGAGAGACACCUCUUCUCAGGGUGCUAGUGGUGCUAUUUACGCGGUCAUUUCCUUCUUUGCGUGCGUAGCUCCCAGGGCCGAGCUCCUGAUCUUUGGCAUCGUUCCAUGUCCAGCUUGGAUAGUCGUAGGGAGUCUCUUCGUCUAUGACUCAUGGAGAUCUAUCACUGACAGGGGAGGUAGAACUGAUACCGCUGGUCAUAUCGGUGGGAUGUUUGCUGGUGCAGGAUAUUUCAUUUUGAAGAGGAUGGGCAUGCGCUUCUAAGUUGUACAGUGCCCUUGUAACCCCAGUCGAGUCCGCAAUGAUAAACCCCGACUCUGUAAUCAGGACGCCGGCGACCAAGAAUAAGGCCGAAAAAUCUCUGGG